UUCUUUUACCAGUCAUUUGGAUGUAACAGCUGUGAACACACGCUACAAGAAGUUGUGACAAAACCCCAGCUGUUUGUUGGAGCUUUGAAGCGACUGCAUUUCUUGCAGAGGAAGCAUCUGGCUGCUGCUCCCUUCGCUCCCCGGUGAGAGAAAGCCGGCUAAAAAUUCUUCGCUGUGGCUGUGUGUCGUAUUCAACACAGUCAGUCUCUCUCUUUCUCUCUCUCUCCCUUUCUCUCCUCACUCAGACACACACAACUCAGCAUCGCCACUGGCACGACUCAUAAAUCCACCCGUUUUAUGCUCCUCAGUCCUUCAGAGCCACUUGGAGGGAGGAUUUGUGUAACAGCUCCGGUUAGAGGUUUGUUCCAAAAAUGGUGUGCAGAUAGAGUGAGGAUUAUUCAGAGUUCAGCGGCAAUGAACAGGAUGAACAUGUCGACGUACCAGGAGGAGGAGCUGCUGGGUAACUCCACCUGGACUUUCUCCUACCAUCACCAGAACAACACCCCCACCCCGCCACUGCUGCAGGACCAGGCCUCCACCCUCAAACCCGCAGCCUGUGAACAGGUCCACAUUGCUGUGGAGGUGUUUCUGAUCCUGGGGAUCAUCUCACUGCUGGAAAACAUCAUGGUCAUCACGGCAAUAGUGAAGAACAAGAACCUCCACUCACCCAUGUACUUUUUUGUCUGCAGUCUGGCUGUGGCAGACAUGCUGGUGAGCGUGUCCAAUGCAUGGGAGACCAUCAUCAUUUACCUGCUGAACAACAGGCAGCUGGUGGUGGAGGAGCACUUCAUCAGACAGAUGGACAACGUGUUUGACUCCAUGAUCUGCAUCUCGGUUGUGGCGUCCAUGUGCAGCCUGCUGGCCAUCGCCGUGGACAGGUAUGUCACCAUCUUCUACGCUCUGAGGUACCACAACAUCAUGACGGUGAGGAGAGCAGGCUGCAUCAUUGGAGGAAUCUGGACCUUCUGCACUGGCUGUGGGAUCGUCUUCAUCAUCUACUCUGAGACCACCCCUGUCAUCAUCUGCCUGGUGUCCAUGUUCUUUGCCAUGCUGCUCAUCAUGGCCUCCCUCUACAGCCACAUGUUCAUGCUGGCUCGUUCGCACGUAAAGCGGAUCGCCGCGCUGCCGGGCUACAACUCCAUCCACCAGCGCACCAGCAUGAAGGGUGCCAUCACCCUCACCAUCCUCCUGGGCAUCUUCAUCGUCUGCUGGGCCCCCUUCUUCCUGCACCUCAUCCUGAUGAUCUCCUGCCCUCGCAACCUGUACUGCGUGUGCUUCAUGUCCCACUUCAACAUGUACCUCAUCCUCAUCAUGUGCAACGCCGUGAUCGACCCGCUGAUCUACGCCUUCAGGAGUCAGGAGAUGAGGAAGACAUUCAAGGAGAUAAUCUGUUGCUACAGCUUAAGAAACGUCUGCAGCAACCUUUGCUCCCUCACCGGUAAGUUCUGAAAAGAAAAAAAUGGAAGAAAAGAACACACACACACACACACUCACACACACACACACAAAAACAAAGUUGGACGAAUGAACUUGAACUGAGACUGGUUCCGGAAAUUCAACGUCCAGCGCAUGGAGACUGUGUUUUAUUGUUUGUUUUUUUUGGGGGGGGGAGGGGUUUCCACUUACGUAUUACAGUGAAAACAGUUUUUAGUUGGGUGUUUGUUUUUCUGCCAACUGUUAAAAAGGACGAGCCAGAAUGGAGCCAGAAACAGUGAAGUGUUUCCUAAUGUGCUAAUGCACUGCAUCCAAAACACACACAAAGAGGCUGAUUUAUUAGGUGCAUUAUCCAAACGCUCUACCAGCCCCAUCCGAAAUCACGAGUCAUUUAAAAAUGCGUCACAGAAAUCUACCCUUCUAUCAUUCUCCCCUGACAUGUCCUCCUCUGUGUGGUUUAGCUUUUCUUUUGGUUCUCCUUUUCUAAUCAACGACAUUACUAUAAUAACCUACAGGACUAUGACCGACAAGGCAGCCUGAGAGAUCUUUUUCACUUCUAUCACGUGAGCCAUGCAGGCUGAAAGAGAGCUUAGAUAUUCACUGUUAAUUGCCGAUGAUGGCAACCCCACGCAGCCAGUGUUGCUUCAAAGCCAUGAUGUGCACAUCCUUGGCAAUUAGGACUAACCUGCGUGGCGGAACGGCCUCGGCAAUGACGCUAGCAACUCUGACAGGAUCAUGGGAGUUCUCACUGAUGUUACAAAAGGAGGCCAAAACUCUUUAGAAAUGCAAUUCAGCGCUUUAGGGGAUAAAACAUAAAGUCGUUUGUAAUGCAGUGUUCAGGGGGUUUGGAAUAUGCUUGAAUCAACACCAUUUUGUUGUUGGUGUAAUGGUUUUUAAAUGUAAAAAUGCAAUUUUAUUGACAGGUGCAAAACCAUAUAAACACAAACACAUUAGUGGGGCAGAGAUGAACAGAAGGAAGUCAUCAGUGUAUAAUGACAGUAUGUGAAGUCCUUCAGCUGACUGAUACUUCACUGGUUGUACAGUGGAACUAUUUCAGACAUCAAAGUACAUAUCUAAGUACACUGUAUCCAAGGAGUAACAUCAAGUACAAUAUAAAGAAAAGUUGAAGGAUUUUGAUUGUUGUACCUAGAAAAGAUUAUAUCUAAGAAACAGUUUAAGCAGCCAAUAGUAUUUCAAGAUAUGAAAUAUAGUGGUUGUUCCGCUGUUAGCAAGAACCGAGCCGUUGUAGAAGGUGACUGAAUGACAAGAAUGAUUUCUUAACUCAUUCUGUGAAGGUGGACGCAUGGCGGUGCAGAGAGUGUUUCUGUUUUCUCACAGAUUAUCGUUUCUCAUAUUCUACUGUCAGGACAUAAUGACAGUUUUAACAAAUAUGUGAAAAACAUACUUUCUUUUUAAAUUAAAGUUACCUACUGCAACUUUAAAUAUGUAAAUAAGUAAAUAAAUAAAAUGAUUCGGUAACGCACCAACAAAACUGUCCUACCCUGUCCGGACUCAGCUCCUCUUCAUGUUCUCAUGUUAGAUCCAGGUAACCUGUACUUUGAAUGCUCCAAAAUGCAAUCCAGAAUUGCACUUUAACAUAAUCCAGCGAUGGAGUUAAAAGUGAAUACUGAAAUAAAAAUAAAUAAAUAAAUAAAAACUAUAAACAGCUGAAAUCAGACACUGGUUCAAGAACAUUUAGUCCACGUUAACAGCUCUAUCCGGGAGAGAACGCUUUAAUGAACCUGUUGUUGGAAUUCCUGUUCAGUCCAAUGUUAUAUUGGUCAGUGGGGUGAUUACACUCUCUGCUCAGCAUACUGUAAAAUGUUAUUCACAUGAGAAUUGGAGCUCUACACCAUGUGUUGCACAUUAACUCACUUUCUUUUUUUACUUUGUUCACAGUCGAGUUGAUAAAGCCGUCAGGAGACAUGGGGCUUUUAAUUACACUUCAGUUGAAAACUGUCUGUGUCUCUGCGCCAACACUAAGCUCCAUGAAAGCACAAAUAAUUUAUGCAUCUUUCAUUUUCUCAUAUGACAUCUGUGUGCAUCAUAAGCUCAUUAGGAGUUCUUAAGCCAAAUUAUUUCCACAUGCAAAAUUCGUCAGAAUCAAGGCGCCGCAAGGCAUGGGUCUUCGUCUGGAUGUUUGUCUGCUCCUCAGUGCCAGCCUACACCUGCACACAGGUGACAGGGCUUUAGAUUUGUAAUAAUGAAUAUAAUGAAAUGUGUUGUCUUCAUCAGAGAAGCGGCGUUGAGCAUUGUGGAGGAGAAAUGCUUCCUGCUGUUGCUGCAGUAACUCCAGAGCUCAGCUGCUGCCUCUGUAUGAUUUAUGAAGACAGUUUUUCUCUCAUUAUUUACAAAAAACUAACACUGAAUGCAUCUUUUGCAUUCACUGAACAACAGAAAAGUGCUAAUUAAAAAAAAGCCUUAUAAUGUGAACGAUGAAAAAGAGAAAACAAGAACACAAUGUGUAAAUGUUCAACACUUCUAACUACUUUUCUGAAGAUUCAGACUUGAAAUGUUUGUAAGGAAAAACUUUAUCUUUAGCCAUGUUUUAAAUAAAGUGGCUAAACAGAAAAUGUAUCACAAGCAGAUGAAUUACAUAAAUAACACAAAUUAAGGUAAUUAUAAUAAUACAAUUUUGAGAUUUUUAAUUUAAAAUAUUGCAAUAAAGCUUGAAUUCUUGAUGAAAAUGGCCUGGUUUAAAACUUUUGCACAGAAGCUUGUGAUCUGAGCAACUCAAGACACAGAAACAACAUAUACAUAUGUACAUUUUAUUCAUAAGUAAAUGAGUAAAAUGAAUUCCCAUAUGGGAAGGUCAGAUAAUUAAUAGCUAAAUUAAUCAGACGGUGAAUACAACUAAAAUUUGAGACUAAAAGAUUUCAGAUCUGACUUGCACUUCUGAUCUGAAACUUGAGUCUUUUUAACAUGUAUGACUUAAUAAAAAACUGUCAUGACAGGCGAUAGUGUUAUAGACUGAGGCAUUGUUAACUGUGAAAGGAUGCACUUAAUUAUUAUCCAGUGAUGUUUGUGAGUUAUGGGCUGUUAACGAUGCAUAUCACAGAAUAAAAAUAAUUCAAAGCUAAAACAUAAAAGUAUAUUUUCUCAGUGGAAAGGAGGUGAUCAGUUCAGUCGUAAGUGUGAAAAGUGAGCUGAGUCAGUUUGGAGACCAAAUACAUAAUCCCAGUUUAUGAAUAAAUUUAGACUUGUUUUGACAGAAAAAAAAAAAAAAACAUUCUCGCUUUCUGGUUCUUACCAACCUACAUUUCAUUGUCUCACCGGAGCCCGAAGAAUUUUGCAGCCCAUGAAGGACGUAACAGUGUGUACACUUCAUGGCAGAUUGGAAAAAAGGAAAGGAUGACUUGAACUAGUGAUUUUCGCUGCUCAGUUUUCCAGAUCUUUCAGAAUGUAGGAAAGUUUUUGUCUGGAGACAGGAACAGUGAUGUUGCAUUAAGAGUACAGUAUUAUUACUGUCUUGCACACAUGAAGAGGUCUGCACUGAUUACUAUGUGGUGGGGGAGCAGAGCCUGCUGUUCGGCUUUGUUCAGCAUGUAGAAGGUAAAAACCAUCCAAGUAAAUGGUGACUGCCCCCUUUUAGAGGUCUAACAAAGACUUGCAGAUGAAAGCGCUGCCUCCACUCUGGGUGGAAAAGCAUUAUGAUAUCUGGUGCUGUGGAAGACAUACAUGACUAAUACAUGGAUCAUCAGCAGUGGCCUGUGUUGCUACAAUGUGAAUGAGUAACACCAAAAACAAGGUAGAAAAACUGAUGAUAAAGCAGCAGGACAGGGUGACAUACACUUACUCCUCUGACUAAUGGUCCUCACGCUCAGAUCACCUGUUAAAAGCAGACAUGGAAACCACAAAAACACACACAGCAGCCAUCUGCUCUUUCAUAAACGCUUUCCAAGAUAAUUACAAAUCCCUGCUUCACUCCAGGGGGCAACACGUUUAUCCUGCUGUCUCACAUAUUGCCUGACCUUUAGAGGAUCUAUUUAUUUUCUGCUCAGUGUGAAACACAAAAGUGGUUUUAUAUAUCGCCGUAGAAGCAUUGUUUCCAGAUAUUUUUUGUCCAAAUUUUUAUUAUUUUUUUUUAUGUGAUUAUCAGCAUGUAUUCAACAAACACAACAAACAUUCAUGAUUUUUUGGAACGGUCUAAAUGCCAGCUUUAAAAUGUCACUUUUUUUUCCAUAAAAGAUAAAAACUGUUUUUUUUCUUUUACCCGCCCUGUCCUAUAUAUGCAAAUAAGAACCUUUUCUGGUGAUGAUAGUUGUGGGUGGGGAAGCCUGAAUCUCAGUGAUUUUGAGCAACUUUAAUUAUUAACAACAAAAAAGAAGUAGUAGCUGGGUCCAGCCUCAAACUAUCAAUUAACCAAAUUUUUCAUGAGUCCAACAGCAGGAUGUUACUACUGGUGAAAAUGAUGAAGAAGACAACAGGAAGCGGUAACAGGAUGAUGGUUUACUGUGUGAAAAAGCUUCUUCAUGUCUGAUUUUAAAACAGUUUCAUAUUUAACUGAAACACCACUACUGCAAAAUAGUGGGGGGUUUUUUUCAACAUUAGCAGAAUAUUGAGAAAGAUUUGUAAACAUUUGUAAUGGAAACACAGCUAAUUUUAAACACUCCAUAGAUUUCAAUUCAAAGAGUUCAUACUGUGCAACAUCUUCUCUAUUUUAUCAGUUUUUUGAACACAAAUGAAAAGCAAAACUCACCAUCUAUCUUUUUCAUUUUAUGCCAUUUGUAUCAACAAAUCCAGAGUUGCACAAAUAUAAAGUAAUGACAGCCGUCAUCAAGCUGCAGCUGUGUCUGCAUCAACGCCAUGGUUACCAGCCAACCAGCCUCUUGAAAUCUGCCUGUGUGUAAAAGUGCAGCACCGUUUCCUCAGACAAGAGUGUAAAGUUUUCCUUCCUUCCUGUCUCUGUGCUCCACAUCGAUCCCCCUGUGUGCUGAGCUGCUGCCAUGUAAAAACAAGAAUGUACAAAUAGCUCCACAGCGCUCUCUGUGAUUGUGUGCUGGUGCCUACCUCCCUACUGAGAGGCUUGACUCUUCUUUAUCAGUAAAAAUGCAGCGACCUACUGAACCUGAAUGUUAUGAAGCAUUGCUAUGUAAACAACGUUAUUAUCUGUGCAGCAUAUUAUUUAUUGUAAAAAAAAAAAAAGUCGGUCGCUGUAUAUCUUCCCUAACAUAAUGUUUGUUCCCAAAGACAUCGAGAU